GCCGCGCACUGGGGGAGGCGCGCUGAAGCCCAUGUCAGUCACACCGCCGAGCAGCAGCGACCCGGGAGGGGCACGGAGGAAACCCCAGAGACUGUCUGAAUCUGGCCAGGACUCAGGAGCAAUGUCUCAACAGUUCCUUUAUCGGGCACUGGUGUCAGCUAAGUGGCUCUCAGAAACCAUCAAGUCCCCUCAGGCUGGGCAGGCUGUGAAGAUCCUGGAUGCAUCCUGGUACCUCCCGAAGAUGAAGCGUGACCCCCGGCAUGAGUUUGAGGAGCACCACAUCCCUGGUGCUGCUUUCUUUGACAUCGACCUAUGCAGUGACCGCACGUCGCCAUAUGACCACAUGCUGCCCAGUGCGGAUGACUUUGCGGAGUAUGUGGGCAAGCUGGGUGUGGGGAACGACUCCCACGUGGUCGUGUAUGAUGCCAGUGAUCAAGGUCUCUUCUCUGCUCCCCGUGUCUGGUGGAUGUUCCGGGCCUUUGGGCACCAUGCCGUCUCCCUUCUGGACGGUGGGCUGAAGAACUGGCAGCGGGAGGGGUACCCACUGAGCUCUGGCAAGAACCGAGCAGUUCCUGUGGCGUUCCAUGCCUCCCUGGACAAGUCACUGGUGAAGACCCAUGAGGACAUAGAGGAGAACAUAGAGUCACGUCGCUUUCAGCUGGUUGAUGCUCGCCCUGCAGGGCGGUUCAGAGGGACGGAGGCAGAGCCCAGGGAAGGAAUUGAGCCUGGUCAUAUUCCUGGCUCCGUGAACAUCCCCUUCUUGGAUUUCCUCACAGAAGCUGGCUUUGAGAAGACCCCUGAGGCAAUCCGCAGCUUAUUCCAGGAGAAGAAAGUGGACCUCUCAAAGCCAGUGGUAGCCACAUGUGGCUCAGGAGUCACUGCCUGCCAUGUGACCCUGGGGGCAUACCUCUGUGGCAAGCCAGAUGUGGCUGUCUACGAUGGUGCCUGGGUGGAGUGGUACAUGCGGGCGCGGCCUGGAGAGGUCAUCUCUGAGGGCAAAGGCAAGACCCUCUGAAGCAAUGCUUCUGCCCCUGCAGUGCAGACAAAUUGCCUUGGAACAGGCUUUGAGAGAUGGUCUUAGGCAUUCCUGUUUUAAAAUCAUGGUGGUAUUGAGUGACAGUCUUGGGUGACAAAUCUAAACACACAUGGUUCUAGCCCCUUUCCCCUACUCCCCUCCCCCUUCUCACCCACAAACCCCACCCCUCACUUUUCUGGGCAUGGAAGAUGCCUUUUUACAGUAUCUUAUUGGGGUGGGGGGAAGCACUUGUCAUGGGAUGGUGGAAUAAUUGAUUCAGGCUGGACUCAUCAGCUGGGAUGAUCUCUCCUAUUUGGACACUUAGUGAGGAAGAUGAGUGGAGGAGCAGUUUAGGUUUCUCCUUAUAUUUGGACUCUGAUUUGUUCUCAGCCAGUUUUGCAUCCACCGUGUUCCUGGGGAACUUAAAAACAAACAAACAAACAAACAAACAAAAAAACAGGAUUUCAAGUAUCCAUUUCAAAGGUUACAUAAUAAAAACAUUUAAUGAGUUUAAAGGUUUUUCUCCUGAACUGAACCCGGGACAGUAUAGCUGGGGUUUCUCCUUCCCCGCUCACAGAGGCAUCCACAGGGAGUGUUUAGUUAGCACAGCUACAUGCAUCCAGCAUAUGUCUACAGUGGAGCUGGAGGUGUAAAAUCCAGCUCCGACAGACAUACCUGUACCAGCAGUGUAGCUGCGUCGGUGUGAGGAGCCGUCCCGAGGACGUACCUGCAGUUUCAGACUGGAUCAUGCUUGGGGCUGCUAGCCUGUUGUGCAGUUCAUGCGGCUGCAGCUACGUUGCUGUUUUUAGUGUGCUAACUCGAUCACAGCUAGCGCAGAUAUGUCUACCCAGGUGGCAAAUUACACUUCCAGUGUAGACAUACCCUUAUUCUCUAUGAAGGAAGCUGUUCUGAUGAAGUGAAUGCAGUAUUUGUUUCAUCCUUGGUAGGUAUAUUUCAGUUUCCCUGGGAGAGCCCUGUGGAUCAAAUAAGAAAGGGACAGCACACCUCUCUGUUGUUUGUUUCCGUCUGCAGCCAUGCAAUUGUGUGACUUUCAGAUGCCACACUCCAGUUCAGCAUGAUACUUACACAUGCCUAACCCUAGGCAUGAGAGCGUACUCCCACUGUAGGCAGUGUUGUUGUAGUCAUGUUGGUCCCGAGAUAUUAGCGAGACAAGGUAGGUGAAGUAAUAGCUUUUAUUGGACCAGCUUCUGUUGGUGAGAGAGACAAGCUUAUACAGAGCUCUUCUUCAGGUACUUCCACAGGACUGUUCACGUGCUUACAAUUAGUUAUGUGCUUCAAUACCUUGCUGAGUUGAAGCCCUAGGGAAGAACUACCCAUAAUGGCAGUCAUUUUCACAAGGCCACUGCCUGAAAUCUUGGAGCUGAAAAUCUCCCCCAGCAAACAAUAUCAGGGGUAUUUGAUUCAGUGCAUUCGGAGCGUUAAUCUGCUCUUGGUUACACCUGUACAAGCACAUUGGCUUCAAUGUAUUUGAUUAAAGAAAGGUCCCUGUUAAUCAUAACACCCAUUAUCCUAGACAGCCUGAAGAGAGAGGUCGGUGGGGGGGUGUUUGUCUCCUGAUCAAUUCCCAGGGAGCAGCUGGGCUGCAUUACAUAUGGUGGGUUAGGUGUUAACAAUUUGCCCUUCCUCCCAUGAUGAUGUCAUUCUUGUGGGUGGGCCAGGUCCUGAAGUCUGGGCAACAAACAGAGGCCAGUGCUGACAGAAGAACUCAUGCUGUGACUAAAGACCUUCCCUGGUGCAUGCUGUAGGAGGAAAGAGAUGGGUAGGAAGUGGGGCAGA